UUCCCACUUGAAACCUCGCACGCCACCCCACACCACCCCGUGCUCCCUUUUCUUGUCUCCUCAGCUCGAGGCUCCGCCAUGGCACUCUACACGCCCGCACUCUCUCUGGGUUUCUUCAUUUUUCUUCAAAUGCACCUUUCCCUAACAAUGGCUGAUUCAGUUUGCCCCUUAGAUUUGAGUGGCUCCAACUUCACACUAGCUGCUUCCCUUUGCUCCACCAAAGAAUCCAGAGGGAAGUGUUGCCGCUUCAUUAAUUCCAUGGUGGCCAUCUCCGUUGCUCGAUAUGCAAACGAAACAAGCAACCUCGGAGUUAACUUUGAGGUUUCAGAGAUUUGUCUCCGCAGCAUUGCACAGACUCUACAGCUGUACGGGGUUACCAGAAACGCCACUGUUUUCUGCGGUUUUGGGACCAAGAUUCCUGUCAACUAUGAAUGCCAAGGUCGGACCACUGUCACCCAAAUGCUGCAGUCUCCCAAAUUUGCCGAGGUUGCUGGGAAUUGCAAAUCCCCUUUGUCGGCGGAGGGGGCUUGCAAGAAGUGCUUGAAUGCUGGCAUUUCUUAUCUCCGGAAUCUUCUGGGUGUGACUAAUAAUACAACGUUAAGCACUUGCAGAGAUGCAACGUUUGUUGCACUUGCUAGCCCGGUUGACAAUGCCACUGCUGUUGAUAUUGCAGGCUGUUUCUUUGGGGUUCAAGGGCUUGUUACUCCUCCAGUUUCAGGGCCAUCUCCGCCACUACAUUCACCUCAGGUGUCUCCGAGUCCACAUGUUGCUUCCAGUCCAACUCAACUUGCCUUGACAACAACCAUAAAAGGGGAGCACCAUCGAUACCACCUGACAUUGGUUCCAGUUAUUGGCAUAUCAGUUACAGUAUUGGCUGUGUUGAUGCUUGUUAUACUUAUUAUUCUUAUCCGACGGAAAAGCAAGCAACUGGAAGAAUCUGAGGUUGAUAAAUUAUCUUCAAAAGCCUUCCCGCCUAGAAAAUUUCAGGAAGGCUCCACUUGUAUGUUCAGAAAAUUCAGCUACAAGGAGACAAAAAAGGCAACAAACAACUUUAGCACAAUCAUCGGACAGGGUGGAUUUGGCACUGUGUUUAAAGCUGAGUUCGGUGAUGGUUCUGCAGCAGCAGUGAAGAGGAUGGACAAAGUCUCUAAGCAGGCAGAAGAUGAGUUCUGUAGAGAAAUAGAGCUACUUGCUCGGUUACACCAUCGUCAUCUUGUUGCUCUAAGAGGCUUUUGUGUCGAAAAACAUGAAAGAUUUCUCAUGUACGAGUAUAUGGCAAAUGGAAGCUUAAAGGAUCACCUCCAUUCUCCCGGCAGGGCUCCUCUCAAUUGGUGUACCAGAAUUCAAAUUGCAAUUGAUGUGGCAAAUGCUUUGGAAUAUCUCCAUUUCUAUUGUGACCCUCCACUGUGCCAUAGAGACAUCAAGUCGAGCAAUAUUUUGCUGGAUGAGAACUUUGUUGCAAAGGUUGCAGAUUUUGGCCUUGCCCAUGCUUCAAAAGACGGCUCAAUUUGUUUUGAACCUGUCAGCACAGAUAUCAGGGGAACCCCAGGUUACAUGGACCCUGAGUAUGUUAUCACACAGGAGCUUACUGAGAAAAGUGAUAUAUAUAGUUAUGGAGUUGUAUUACUAGAGCUAGUUACUUCAAGACGAGCGAUUCAAGACAACAAGAAUUUGGUAGAGUGGGCCCAAAUAUACAUAAUGUCUGAUUCGAGGAUAACUGAACUUGUGGAUCCCGACAUUGGAGACUCGUUUGACUUUGAUCAACUUCAGACCCUAGUGGCAAUCAUAAGAUGGUGCACGCAAAGAGAAGGGAGUGCGAGGCCUUCCAUCAAGCAGGUCCUCAGGCUUCUAUAUGAGUGUGCGGACCCAAUGCACAAUGGGUUUGUCGAAGAGUAUGAUGAAGUUGAAGGUAGGGGAAGGACGAGCAGAGCUAGAGGGCAUAGUGGGGCUUUUCACAGUGGCGACGCAAGAUGUCUAGCUUCCUCGUCAAGUACUUCCAGGUCAUAUUGUAGUAGGAGCUUCCUAAUCGAAAGCGGCUCUCCAGAGUCUCCUUCCAAUAUACCAUCCUUCUGAGAUCAACCAUCAGGCGUUUCGCUCUUCUAAAAUGACAUCUUUCGGCCUACCAAGUUGGCCAAUAUAUCGUACAGGAAGCAAAGGAUUAUAGAUCGAUGCAGUGCUGCAGUUUUGCUGAAGGGAGUGUAGUGUUCCUGUUAAAGAGCAGCCACUAAUUCAAACAAACUGUGUCGUCGUUUGGCCUGCACGGGCUUAACUCAUUGGUACAGUAGGCAGUAUUUGGAAGAAGAAAUGUAUCGUCCUUUGGAGUAAAGGCUACAAACACCAAUGUAUUGUACUAUAGAAAUCUUAUUCUUUUGUUAUGAUGGUUCUUUUGAUGAUUGCCAGAAAGUUUAAAGGGAGGAAUUAGUGGUAUUUUC